AUGAGCAUGAAAACUAAACCUAUGCAAUCAAAAGUAUCCAAACAAAUCUCAAUACAGAACCAAAGACUGUAUGUAAUUUGUGGAUGUUAUUACUUAAUCAUGAAAGGAUGGACAAUUCUUUUCUCAUCAGAAAAAAGGUCAGCAAAAUCCUACGACCAUUUUUUCCCAAUAAACAAGAUGUGGGAUAAAAAUGGUGUGUUAGUAUUCAGUGACGAAAAAGACUAUGAGAUAGAAACAUUACCAAAUGGUAGUGUUGUGUUAAUUCUGAAUGAUGAAGGUAUUCCAAUAUCAAUUGAAAACCAAAAUCGCUCCAGAAUGAAUAAUAAGAAAUACAAGGAGAUUGUUAUAAUGAACAUUCUUAAUGCAUUCUAUAACAAAUUUGAAAAAAUGGAUGCUAGAGGUAUUAAAAUAAUUAGUACAAAAAAGUCUAAUAAGAAUCUUAGUAGUUUUCGAUAUCAAUUAAUUCCUUUAGUAAAUGAAGAAGGAGAGUUAGUUAAUUUUGUUGAUUACAACAAAAUGAAAGAUACCAUUGGGACUCCAAUGUAUCGUUUGCUUUGUUCUCUUCUGAUGAAAAAGAGGGGACAGGGUCCACCAUGUAAAUAUCUUCUUGUUGGAAAUGAAAGUUGGUUAAAUGAACAAUACCAAAGUAUUUGUGCUGAUAACCAAGGUACCUGUUUAAUAACAAAAAAUAGAUUAGUACAUUUAAUUAUUUUUUGUCCAUGUACAUGUGUGCCUCCAAUACCAAUAAUGGUAGGUACUGAUUAUCGUCCAUUUUGUGAUGUUUCAAGGGUGAAAUUUAUCCACCAACAGCAAGAAGUAUAUCAGAGCACUAGUCAAAUUCUUAAAGAUCAAUCCAAUGAAUAUGACCCUGAUAAAGAGAGUAAAACAGAUACACUUUAUUGUGGUAUUGGAUUUAUUCAAAGGUUUGAUGAUACUUUUGAAUAA